GUAAUUCCAAGUAAUUCUUGACGGUCAAACGUAUUCGUUGAUCCGCGUAUGUCUUUCAGAAUAAUGAUUCCUUGUUAUGUAAAUUGCACAUAAGAAAAUGAUAUGGUGAAGAAAAAGUGUAUGAAAUUCUUUCGAUCUUUUGCAACGGAUGGUGGCACUCAAAAAUGACUGACUCUACCUCUGCCGCCUCUUCUUUUGUCAGAGUAUGUACAUCUUAUAGAAUAAUCAGCAACAUAGUAACUUUACUGAAAUGUGUUGUACGAACGGCAUUUGUGAUAGUAAACAAUGUCUAUUGCAUACCUACAUAUGUAGUAUGGAUGAUGUUAUUAUUUCCUGUAAAAAUAUAUCAACCUCAAGUAUACUGGCGAAUCGAAGGCCUAUUUUUCCACUGGUUAUUGGCAAUGGUAUCAAUGUGGACUUGGUCUGCAGGUUACGACAUAAUAGAACAAGGUGAUGACAUACAGAAAAUUAUAAGUGAAAAAACACUAGUUAUAGCAAAUCAUCAGAGCACUGGUGAUGUUCCUAUAUUAAUGACAACAUUUAACGCCAAACCAAAUGUUCUACCUAAUUUAAUGUGGAUAAUGGAUAGAGUGUUCAAAUUUACUAAUUUUGGGAUAGUUUCUAUAUUACAUCAAGAUUUUUUCAUCAUAUCAGGACGUAAAAGAAGGGAAGAAAGUUUGAAACAAUUACAAAAACAUCUCAAAGAUUCGUACAUACCACGAGAUAGAAAAUGGAUGGUACUUUUUCCGGAAGGUGGCUUUUUGUGUAAAAGAAGAGAGACGUCACAAAAAUAUGCUAAGAAGAAUAAUCUGCCUAUUCUUGAAAAUGUGACUUUACCAAGAGUAGGAGCUAUGCAGAUGAUUUUUGAUACUCUUGGACCAGCAGAAAAUAGGAAUGCAGAGGAUCAACACUUGAAUAGCCGACCAAGUUUGGCGGUAGUUAAUCCAGAAAUUAGUUGGAUUCUUGAUAUAACAAUAGCGUAUCCUCAAGGUAAGCCGCUUGACUUGCCUACUAUUAUAACUGGUUCAAGACCUCCGUGUGAGACGGUAUUAUUUUAUCGACUUUUCCCUAGUUCAGUGGUACCUCGCGAACCAGAACAAUUAUCCAGAUGGUUAUAUGAUAGAUGGGUAGAGAAAGAGGUACUAUUGGAACAUUUUUAUAAACAUGGAUCAUUUCUUGGCACAAAUGGAUCAAACAGAGGAAGUACCAAAGUACAUCAGGAUCCAUUAAGAUUCCUAGUCCUUCAUUUAUUCUUUAUAACAUCUAGUUAUAUACAUUAUAGCAUGCUUACAUAUGUGCUAUCUUGCUUUUGGUAAGAUGUUUUUAUAUUAUGUGCGACGCACGAUGGUCCAAGAAGAAGGAAAUCACAGUAACGAAGUAAGAUAUCCUUGCCUUAAAUAACCAUUUUCAUGUUUAUGAAAAUAAUUGUAAUAAAUGUAGAUUAUAUAUAUUAAAUU